AUGAGGAAUGACAGUUACUUCUGAUGAAAUGGUAUACAAUAAAAUAAUCCAGAGGUUUAAAAAUGAGUCAGUUUGAAAUGAAAAGAGAUGUUUCAAAGAGUUUUGCUGAAAAUGAAGACAGCAAUAAUUCGAUAAUUGACCUCACAUCAUCACCAGACUCAUCAACACAGAAAACUGACAAGAAAAGAAAACGGAAUAAAACAUUUCUUCAAUCUAUAAGCUGCAAGAAUUCAGCCAAAUGGGUUACAUCAUCCUUUGGUGAUUUUGAUGCCUUUGAAGGAUUUGAUGCCAAGCCUGCAUCCAAGCGAGUGUCAUCCACAAGUUCUAGUCAAUCCAUCCUAAAAGUGCCUAAGUCAUCUUCUGCCAGUAUUACAGACAAAGCUGACCAGUCAAAAACUACCAAAACUACUGCACAGACUAACAGUGGACUAGUUUCUUCAUCAGGUGAUCGGUGUUGGUUGUCCGGGAAGAAAAGACCAGCUUAUGAAUCUGAGUUGUGGUCAGAUAAAUAUGCUCCUAAAAAUCAGGGUGAUCUGGCUGUACAUAAAAAGAAAAUUGGUGAUUUAGAAACAUGGAUUCAAACACAUCUAAAGUCACAGACAAAGCUGCCUCCUAUUUUGAUUCUGACUGGUCAAGCAGGAACAGGGAAGACUGCAACGGUCAAGGUUUUAUGUCGAGAACACAAAUGUGAUGUCCAAGAAUGGUCCAACCCUGUGGGAUCUGACAGAGUUUGGAAGAAAAGGGAUGAAUUUGAUGCAGGCCCUUAUGAGUAUAAUGAUAUACAGACAGAGUCACAGCUGACCCAAUUCCAGCACUUCCUUCUCCGUGCCAACAAGUAUAAUAAACUUGACAUAUUUGGUGAUGGAAACACAGAGAAGAAAGUUAUCUUAGUAGAGGAAUUCCCCAAUGUGUUUUAUAGGGAUGCCUCUGCCUUUCAUGACACGCUCAGGAAGUAUGCCCAGGUUGGAAGGUGUCCACUGAUAUUCAUUGUGAGUGACUCCACCAGUAGGGACUCGUCCAGCUGUGAACGGCUGUUGUUUCCCAAGAGUCUGCAACAGGAGUUACACAUAGACAAUAUUAGUUUCAAUCCUAUAGCUCUGACAAGUAUGACUAAAGUGCUGACAAGAAUUGCCACAAAGGAAGCUUCACAGGGAGUACACAAAUUUACUGUCCCGUCUCAUGCCAUCCUGGAGUCGAUUGCUAUGUCUAGUGCUGGGGACAUCAGAGGAGCCAUCAAUACUCUACAGUUUGCCUGUCUCAAAGAUACCAAAGAUCUCUUACCAAGUGCUCUAGUCAAAGGAAAACAGCCUAUGAAAAAAUCGAGAGGAAAAGCUAAAUCCAAGACAUCUGACCAGAAAGAUUCUGAUCUUGUUUCUAUUGGAGGGCGGGAUACUUCUCUCUUUUUGUUCAGAGCUUUGGGCAAAAUUCUCUACUGCAAACGAGAUGAUCCAAAUACUCACCCAGAUGAACCGAAACUGCCCGCUCAUCUCCAGGAACAACAUCGAGACCCUCUCAUUGUUAAUCCAGAGGAUGUUGUAGAGAAAUCCCAUUUAUCUGGGGAUUACUUCAGUGCCUAUUUACAUCAGAACUACAUGGAUUUCUUCAUGAACCUGGAUGAUGUGGCAAGGGCAUCGCAGUAUCUAAGUGAUGCAGACCAUCUCACUGAGGACUGGGUUUCUAGAUCAGUGUUACAGCAAUAUGCAGCCUCAGUGGCCACAAGAGGGAUCAUUCAUGCUAACUCUGCAAGAGCCAGAUUUUCGUCAGGAGGGUCUGGACUUGGAUGGAAACCGUUACACAAACCUCAGUGGUAUUCUGCAAUGAAACAGACCAGAGACAACUGUGAUAGUGCCAGGGGCCUUUUUAAAGAAUAUGCCUGGACGCCAGAAAUACUCCAAACAGAAAUCCUGCCAUAUCUGUCCAUCAUCAACACCACACUGCACCAGCCAGGUCAAGCUUCAUUUUUACAAGAAAUUUGCAGAUUUUCUAAAUUGAAGAUACCUGGAAGGUCUGUAAAGUUGGAUGAGAAAGAUGUUGAUUUUGACGAAACUCCUCCUUCGUCCCAAAAAUUGGUGGUGCCGACUGUAGAUGAUAAUGAUGAUGAUGAUGAAAUCAUCAGUAAUAGCCAAUCAAAUGUCAGAACUUCUCAGGAAGAGGAGGAGUUCAUUAUUGAAGACUUUGAUGACUGAUGAUGUGAAUUACCUGUGUGGCUCUUUCUGCAUGACGUGAUGCAAGAGAAACAAAUCAGGAGAUACAGAAUGAAAACUGCUGGAUUUUUUGUGACAAAUUGAAAACUGCUGGAUUUUUGUGACAAAUUGAAAACUGCUGGAUUUUUGCGACAAAUUGAAAACUGCUGGAUGUUUUGUGACAAUGCUACUGAUUGAUUAGUUGGACACACCACUAGUAGUAUGACUCUGUGAUUGUUGGAUUAUUUGACUACAAUGCUCUACCUCUGUGACACACCUGAAAGAAAUACACCACACAGGCUACCACUUUGAUUGUUUAGUUAUAUAAACUAGUGCUAUGUCCAUACCGAGCCACAUCACAUGUAAAAUAAUUAAUUUUGGUAUAUUUAUUUUCAUUGAUUUGUUGGUACUUUUAAUCCAGAAAUUUGUAUGUCCACAAAGUGAUAUAAUAAGUUAAGGACAUUUAUAUUUAUACAUGAAAUCAAUGCCACGAAAUGGUGAAUUUUUGGAAAACCAGUAAUAUACACUACUUGGGGAGGAUAACACAAACUUUGAUUAUUUUGAGAUAUAAUUUCACAACGCUAUGCAUUCAAAACAUUGCUGUAAAUGAAAAAAUCCUUGCUCAGGUAUACAAAAUGAUUUUCCAAGUUUAAAUGUUUUUGUUUAGUCGCAUACUUAUUUUGCAUUUGAAGUCAUGUAUUGUACAAAGUUUGUAUGGAGAAGAUGGAGUAUGAAUCUCACAAUUACUGUACUAGAUAGAUUAGAUAAGACAAUGAUAGAAGUCAUUACAUUGUCUCAAUGCCUUCUGUGGUUGUGAUGACAAGGGUAAAAAUACUUACUAGUUAUAGUAAUAAGCCCAGCUGUUUUUACUGCAGUUCAGAAGACAUAUUAACAGAUGCUGUUUAAUUGUCUUGUUAGACCACCUGUUGACCCCCAUCUUCCCUGGGGUUAUUAAGAAUAAAUACUAAAGUGCUGCAUGUCUGUUUAAAUUCUGAGAUUUAUUUAUUUCCAUGUUUAUUUGUUGGUAGAGUUGAUGGCUUAUUUGGAUAUCAUGCAAAUAAUUAUUCAAGUGCAUCUCUACGGAAAGUUGACUGCAUCCUUUUAGAGAUAAAAGUAAUUUUAUGAUUCAUUUCUUGUAAAGCCAGAGAAAGUCAUCAAAUUAAAGAUUUUUGAUCCAUUCCAUGGACCAAUAGU